AUGCCUGGUUUCUUCUUGUUGUUUAGCGUAAUUGAGUUUGCAAGCUCUGGUAGUAGGCACUCUGAUAUCAGUUUAGUAGAAGUGGGACUCGAGGUGAUCAAAGACAAUGAUAAAGCUGUUCUGUUGGAUGGAGGCGGUCUUCAGUCUGCAUCUCCCAGAGCUCGUAACUUGCAUUCUUCAUCUCCUAUAUUCAGGUUCCUUCUGAUGGAUGAGCAGUAUUUGUUAGAUAUUCGAUUGAACCUUAGAGCCAUAUCUGAGUUUGUUUUCCUUUUGGUGGACUAUUACCUUUGUGAUCGCACUGAUGUGUUUGCCUCUUCAACAAAGUUACCGCAUAUAUGUAUCAGAAGAUGGAGAUAA